AUGUCUUCGCGUGCGAUUCGAAAGCUGCAAAAGCUGCGCGAACAGCAGCAGCUGGAACCAGAGGAGCACGAUGCGUCAAGCGAAGAUGAGGCCCCACGCCCCGCCAAACCGAAGUUCAAUGCUUUCGAUCUUCUCAAUGCCGGCGAUGACGAUGACGACAAGUCAGAGGAGGAGACUCCAGAGCCUGUAACGCAAGCUCCGCAGCCUGAAACCGAACCCGAACCCGAACCCACAAGGCCGAAGACCGCCAGCAAGAAGAAGAAAAAGAAGAACAAAAAGGCCAAAGCUGCCGCGACGACCGAACAAGCACUCAAGCCAUCUAAGGAUGCAGAGCUGGACGAAAUUGAUCGAGCUCUAAAGGACCUGGCCACGGAUGGUCAACCCUCAGCCGGCGCUGAUCUGUCAGCGAACACCCAAUCCAAUCGAGAUGACUCGUUCCCAAAAACCACCGACGAGUUACUCUCCGUGGAACCGAAGUUCCUUAAUGCGACGAACGAAAUGCGCCGGUUAUUUGGAAAUGUGGUCCUGGAAAACUUCGACCAGCCAGCGGAAGGCUCGGGUCGCAGGCGGGAUCGCAAUCGAGAAACAGUCGACCUUGGUCAAGCUUUGAUAGGAAGGUACAGCCCGGCCAGCAGAGGCCAGAGUCUCGCGGGUGUUACAUUGCGUCGAAAUGUUCUCAUGCAAGGAAAGGACGAGUGGCCGCGCGCUCCAAGUGGAGGCCUGGGCAUGGAGAUUGUCGAGAAGUAUCCUUUGGGCGACAUCCUCUACCGGAUCGUGCAUAAUGCGGCCUACCAGGAUGUACAAAGACAGUUCGAGCUUUGUGUCGAGUCGAUGGAUCCACAGCGGUUGAUUCAUCACCUCCAGUAUAAUCCCUACCAUAUCUCUACUCUUCUUCAGGUCUCCGAGAUCGCGAAGCAUCAAGGCGAUCAUGCGGUCUCUGCCGACCUUCUGGAGAGAGCGCUCUUCAACAUUGGGCGCUCCGCCCACUCCUCGUUCAACAACAAACUCAAGGAAGGCCAGGCCAGGCUCGACUUUUUGCACACGGAGAACCGAGAACUGUGGCUUGUUGGCUGGAGGUAUAUUGCCAACCUGGGCAUGAAGGGGACAUGGAGAACUGCUUACGAAUGGGCCAAGCUUCUUCUCAGCUUGAAUGACUCCGAUCCUUACUGUAUCAAACUGCUAAUAGACCAUCUGGCUCUGCGCGGUCGAGAGUAUGCGCAGUUCGUGGAUCUAUGCACCCAGACACGUUUCAGUCGUGACUGGGCUGAUCUCCCCAAUAUCCAGUGCUCGCUGGUGAUGGCUUAUCUGCGGCUGAACAAGCCUCACGAAUGCCGUCAGCAACUCCGCCUCGCCAUGUCUCGUUAUCCAUGGAUGUUCAACAGGCUGGCGCAGGAAUUGGAUCUUUCACAUAUCCCUAAGCAGAUUUGGGGCAAGAUGCCACCGACCGGGUCUCAUGAGCUCCUAACUGAGCUCUACAUUGCCCGUGCAAAAGACCUAUGGAAUACACCCGAAGCCGUGGCUCUUAUCAUGGAAGUUGCCGAUACUCUUUCUGGAGAAGAGCCCAUCGAACCACCAGAGAUCACUCUGGAUAUUGCUCGUCAUGUUGUGCUGUCUGAUAUCCCCAAAGUAACAACACACCUUCCAAACCACUUUGUGUCGGGCCGAAUGUCUUCUUCGGAUCCCCUUCCCCCUUACGAGUCCGAAGCCUUCCGUCAGCAAUCCGACCCAACCCCAGCCUACCUCUCACGGAUCCCCGAAGGUGGUCGACCGCAAUGGCUCCGUGAUCUUUUGGACCAGAUUAACGACGGAGCCAUUCACUUCCCCCGCUUCCAAGGAGGCGACGAAGAAGAAGAAGAAGGCGGCGAUGCUGCGCAGGAUGCAGCCACGGAUACUCGUGCAGGUGGCCGGGCCCGCGCAUUAGCUGGUGAUCAGCAAGUUCUCGAGCAAUGGCUCUUACAAGAUGGAUUGGAAUCUUUGCAAAUGUUCCUGCAUCAGCACGGUGUCGAUCGAGGCAAUUGGGGAGAUGUGGUGGACUAUGCUCCGCUAACGGAUUUUCUGGAGGCUCUCGAUGAAAUCCAGCCUGACGAUUCUCGUCAGCGGUUGAUGCAUGGACCUAUUCAAGAUGUCAUUGGUGAAUUUGCGGUCAGCAUGCUGGAAGAUGAGUUGGACAUGAUGGAAGAAGAGGAACUGUCUGAUAAUAACGAUGCAUAG